CCUUUUUUAUGGUUAAACGUAACCUAUAAUUUACCUGCAAAAAAGCUGUAAACUUGGUUUUUUAGAUUUGGAACGUAUCAUUAUUGUGAAACUAUCUUUUAUGAAUUUAAUCCUUAUAUUCAAAUAUGAAAUGCAAAAGAGGAUGAAUGUUGCAAUAUAUUUGCGACAUUCAAUAAUAGAAAGACUUCUAGGGACAAAAAGACGCAAUGUAAAGGAUCCAUAGGGUCAACGUGUAGAAAUGUCUCUUAUGUAUCGAUAUAAUUGUCCGCAAAAAAACUGUAACGUUUUAUUUUGUACAGGAAUGCUAAGCAUUCUAAGGCAAAGUCAAUCUUUGCGCGAUUUUAGCGCAUUUCGAACUGUACCAAGAAGAAAAAAAUGUUAUAAUUUUUUUAUAGAUAACCAUAUAAAUGGCAGGUGUCUUGCAAUCGUGUUCGAAUGUAGAGGACCAUGGGUGGCGAAGCAGCAGGAGGCGCCACAUGUUCGCCCGUAUCCUUCGGUAGCUCUUGUUGCUCUCAUUCCCAGGCGGAAUUAUCAUCGCCCGUAGCUGUUUUCUGUUGUGUUUUUGGGGCUGCGACUGUGCCGUCGAGGAACAUGCCGUUGCGAUAAUCGCCGCGGAAAAAGACCAGCCCGUGUGCGUGCGCGAGUGUCGUGUGUACUUCGGAGCGAUCGCGCUGCGCGUCCCGACACGCGUCGUCCGUCGUGCGUCGACCGCGCCGCGUGCAGGCAGGUGUAAUUUAAUAAGCGCAGGCAGGCUGGGGAGGCUGGCGGCUGGCUGGCGAUUUAACAGGAUAUCGAUUUGUCUGGUGGCGACGAGCCAGUGCCGCCGCCGCGCUAUUGUGUGCCGCCGCCGCUGCUCAAGUACAUCACACAGCACACACAGCACCGCGUACGGCCGUCAGGCGUUACGGGGACAGCCAUGGACGUCGAUAUUUUUGGGGCACAGCAGUGUGCAGCUGUGCCGUAUACGUGCGUGACCGCGUGCCCGAUAGGCGACGAGAUGUGACGCGAGACUGCCACCCCGGCGACGAUUAUUCCGUUUCAUCACGUAGAGAGGAGCGCUGCCGGAACGGGUAGAGACGCACGCACGGCAAAAGAUACGACGACGAGCGGCGAUCGCGAUAAGUUUAGACAAGAAGUCUAUGCAUGAAAGAUCCGUUCGUUAUAUCGGCUGGUCGACGUGUUGAACGCUUUUUCCGCUAGGCUUAAUUAUACGCGACGCGUGUAAAAACAACUAAUUAAGGGUCGUGGGUAACGAUGGAGCUCAACGGUGCGGCGUUACCCGUCGGGGCCGUGGCCUGUCCCGUGUGCACCCUGUACCUACGCGAGGGCAUCAGUCUGCAGAAGCACUUGGAUACCCAUCCCAAGGAACAAGUUAUAGAUGCCCUCAUCAAAGCCAGUGCCUCUUCAUUACAGACGCAGCAGCAACAACAACAACAAAUUGUACCAGCAACAACACAAUUAUCAGCUUCGCUGCAACCACACGCUACACCUCAGGCUCCUACCUCUAUACAGACGGCUCAGGCAACGCCUCAAGUAUCACAGAAUGCACACAUCACCACUCAUUCCCCAUAUCCUAUAGGACCUAUAUUCGAGUAUCCACCCAUAAAUACCAUGAUGCCGCCGCAGUUCACCUCGUUUAGCUAUCAGCAGUUUGUGAACAAUGGGACCAUGAUGAUACCACAGUACGCGAUGGCACCGCAGGCCAAUCAGAUGAUGCAGAUGCUGUACAAUCCAUACGGUAUGUAUCAACAGCAGCAAAUACCCACCGUCCAAAUGAUCUCGCCAGUUGCAGCUAUCCCAGGCGGGACCAGGAUCCGACCAGUAGUCACUAUGGCCGGUGAAAACAAUGUCAGAACAACCACUCUGACGGUAUCUGUAAAUAGUCCUGAGCCGAAACAGAUUCUGCCUGAGAUUUUGCCGGAGAAUGAGCCUGAUCCUGAACAAGUUAUUCCAGAUCUCCCAGCAUCGCCUUUACUACAGAUUGAGGAUACAUCCGUCAGGCGAGAAGAGAGCAACGACAAUGCGUUAUCAAUCGAUCAUAGAGGACAACAGAUACAAGGUACACCUACUAGUGAAAGUACAGUGCAGCACGAAUACAAUGCUGUUCCUAGACCCGUCACAAUCACUUGUGCUAUAGGUAAUACUAAUGAUGAUAAAGUAGAGAGUGUGCUGCCAGACCUAGAGGAUGAGGAGCCAUUGAAUAACAUUUCAAAUGUGGACUUACAAUAUAAAUCGGUAACAUAUGAGCAACCGGAAAUACAACAAUUUACACAACAAAUAAUGGAAGAAGGAUACGGGAGAGCAUCCAGUAGAAAAACUAAUGCAACAAGUAACGUUGAGUCUUGUGAGUUUGAAGCGGAUAUGAGCGAUGAAAGACCCGCAAGUCGCAACAAUAGUGUCAGCAAUAGCGUUGCAUCGUUGCGGGAUCCAGUGGCGGUGGACGCGCUGAAAGAGCCUGCUCAACCAGAACUCAACUCGGUGGAAAGGUUGGAGAAUUUGAUAACCAUAAUGGAGACGGAGCUUAAUAAUGCCUCACUUCAAAAAGAAAGUAGUGUACAGAACAAUCAAGAAGAGAAAUUAAUGGACCCGAGGGAAAAAUCCAUGAUAGACAGGGAGGAGAGCGUGAUUCACGAUACUGUGGUUACAAUUCCGGGCGCCAACGAGAAAGAUCACAUCUUGCCUGAUAUACAGGAGGAAAAUGAUAUGUGGUGCCCGAGUGAUUAUGUGGCUAAUGAACUGAGAACAUUAGAAAAUACUUGUAAUUAUUUGUCAUGCAAUACAGAGCGCCCUAAACUAGAUGACGAAUUGAAAAUAUUAGAAAAGAAUCUUCAGUUGUAUAAAUAUAGGCAGAGUUGUUCAGCACCCGCGUCUCCCAUCGCGAGAAAGAAGAGCGCUACCAGGACAGGAGGACGUCGUUACAGCACGCGAUCGGAGCUCGGAUCGAGCGAAAAUCUCAGCGGGUAUCAUCGCGCCAACUUCGACGACGUGACGACCCUGCAGGACGACGAUGACGACGAUGACGAGGACGAAGACGAUGACGAGGAUGACAAGCUUGACGAUAAUCUCGACGAGGCAGACAUGGAAAUCGAGGAGAUUCCUAGCCCGCACACACCUUUCGCAAAAUACGGCGGUGAUAAUUCAGAAGCCAGAUCGCACACGCCGUUAUCCGCGAUCAGUGGUAUUUCUGUAUUAAGAGUUAGGAAGGACCUCAGCAAACCCUGUUCACCGACAUCCGUGCAUUCGUUUCGUCACAUGGACAGUGAUAGCGUAAGUCAUGACGAGGACAGCAACGGUAUAGAUAAUAAUGUAGAUAAUAACGUGGAGAAAGAUCCGAUUGACUGUUCUCAGGUCGACGAGAAAAUCAAGACUGACCAUCAGCACCAGGAAGCGCGCCCAACGGUGUGCGCGAAUGUCGAAAAAGUUCAGGAAUCGAGUAGUAGUUACAUGUAUCAUCAAUCAGUGAUCACUGAGCACGUUAGUUCAUUCCCCGCGAUUCACUCGCAGCCAUCCGUCUUGAUGCACGAGUCAUAUUCCGUGACGACGACGACGACCACUAAAACGCAAAAUCUCCUAAAUCUGUCCGAAUCGAAUCCUACGACCAGCACGGAAUCCAGAAGUUUUCAUUCUACCAAGUCGUCAAUAUCGAAGCAAUCGACGGAAUUGCUCAACAUAAAUGAAGAUGCUCACGCCGGGCCGAUAAACGUUUUUGAGUUCGAUGGACUACAAAUAUUAGUUCCUAGUACAUUUAUAAGUGACUCGUCCCAGAAAGCGGUGAGUGCGACUAGCCAGCAGUCUAUGGCGAGUAGCGAAGGUGCAAUAGGUAUCGACGAGGAAGUGAAGAGUAUUAACAUGCGCGCCGAUGAGACCAUGCCACCCAGAGGCGAAUUAUCAGAGCAGGAGAGCAAUGGAUGCACGGAGCAAUCUGCAUGGCAGCUAUACAUGGGUCAAGAAUCUUCACGUAUGUCGACCUCUUACGAUCUACUGGCACGUGAAAGCUGGGAGGAAUCAGAAGGUUCAGACAACGAGAUCAGCGGGCCGUUGUUGGAUAGUAGAUCGUUAGCGACGCACUUUACUUCGAGUUUGUUUUUGGACCGAGACCGGAAGACACCGACCAAACGGACGUUCAAGUGUUCCCAUUGUAACGAAGUGUUCGAUUGCCCAAAGGAACGCAGAGUUCACAGCACGACUGUGCACAAGGAGGCGCCCAGCAGCAGUAGAGAUCAAUUGGAUCAGCCGGAAGUGAAAGACAUCAAACUGUUGGACAGUCGCGCGAAUGUGUUCGACGAUAUAUUCGUGCCGGGUCUUCACGUGCAACAGAUGUACCAUCAGCAGCCGCUUCUACACCAGCUGCAACCGCCAUCGCAGCCUGGAGCGGACGGUCUGACGAAGGCUGAGGCCGAUCAGAAGAUCGGCGAGAAUCUGACGUUACCGUCGAAUAUCGAGGUGACUUGCACCAUAUGCAAUCAACGAUUCAGCAGCGAGAAAUCCUUGCAUAUACAUCACCGACGUAUGCACAUCGCCGAGGAUAAUUUAGAAAAAAUAAUCAACUAUUUUGACAAGAUGUCGACGAAAAGAAAAAACGACGCGCAAGUGCCGGCGGAGGAAAGCGAUUUGCUAUCGAUUCGACCGCUCGGCGCGGGUCAAGAAGUCGGCAGAUCAUGCAUUAUGUUAGAAUUUAAGGGAAAAAAGAUUAUGCUAGAUUGUGGCAUACAUCCUGGUUUGUCGGGAAUGGACGCUCUCCCGUUCGUUGACUUGGUUGAGGCUGAUGAAAUCGAUUUACUAUUAAUUUCUCAUUUUCAUCUGGAUCAUUGUGGAGCAUUGCCCUGGUUUUUGCUAAAGACAAGCUUCAAGGGUCGUUGCUUCAUGACACAUGCCACCAAAGCCAUUUAUCGCUGGCUACUAUCAGAUUACAUUAAAGUCAGCAACAUAGCUACUGAACAGAUGCUGUAUACAGAAUCUGACCUGGAGACCAGUAUGGACAAGAUAGAGACAAUAAACUUCCACGAAGAAAAAGAUGUGUUUGGUAUCAAAUUCUGGGCUUACAAUGCAGGCCAUGUAUUGGGCGCCGCUAUGUUUAUGAUAGAAAUUGCUGGUGUAAAGAUCCUGUACACCGGAGACUUUAGCCGACAGGAAGACAGACACUUGAUGGCAGCUGAAAUUCCAAAUAUUCAUCCUGACGUUUUAAUUACAGAGUCUACUUAUGGCACCCACAUCCAUGAGAAGAGGGAAGACCGAGAGGGCAGAUUUACAAAUCUUGUGCAUGAGAUUGUAAACAGAGGUGGCAGAUGUUUGAUACCUGUGUUUGCCUUGGGAAGAGCACAGGAGCUUCUUCUCAUUUUAGAUGAAUAUUGGAGUCAGCAUUCAGAAUUGCACGAAAUACCAAUCUAUUAUGCUUCCUCUUUAGCAAAGAAAUGUAUGGCUGUUUAUCAAACAUAUGUAAAUGCCAUGAACGACAAAAUCAGACGCCAAAUAGCCAUUAACAAUCCCUUUGUGUUCAAGCACAUAUCCAAUUUGAAAGGAAUAGAUCAUUUCGAGGAUAUCGGACCAUGCGUGGUGAUGGCCUCGCCUGGUAUGAUGCAAAGCGGUUUAUCAAGAGAAUUAUUUGAGUCUUGGUGCACAGACGCUAAAAAUGGGGUUAUAAUUGCUGGUUAUUGUGUGGAGGGUACACUGGCCAAAACUAUUCUGUCGGAACCAGAGGAAAUCACAACCAUGUCCGGACAAAAACUACCAUUAAAGAUGUCUGUCGAUUACAUAUCUUUCUCAGCUCACACAGAUUAUCAGCAAACGUCGGAAUUUAUACGCACUUUGAAGCCACCGCACGUGGUGCUAGUGCAUGGCGAGCAGAACGAGAUGGGUCGGUUGAAAGCGGCGUUGCAACGGGAAUAUGAGGAUGAUCCCAGCACCACUAUGGAAAUACACAAUCCGCGAAAUACAGUUGCAGUGGAGCUCUACUUCAGAGGCGAGAAAACCGCCAAGGUGAUGGGCACAUUGGCGAUGGAGACUCCUAAACCAGAGCAAAAACUGUCCGGCGUGCUGGUGAAGAGGAACUUCAAUUAUCACAUGCUGGCUCCCUGCGAUCUGUCCAAGUACACGGACAUGAGUAUGAGUCAGGUAAUACAGCGGCAGAGCGUGUACUUCUCCGCGUCGUUGCCCGUACUGAAGCAUCUGCUAACACAAAUAGCUGGCAGCCUGGAAGUUAUAGACGACAAGAAGCUGAGGGUGUUCAAGAACGUCGACGUUACGAUCGACGGCAAAAUCGUUACGAUGGAAUGGAUAGCGACGCCGGUGAACGAUAUGUAUGCCGAUUCCGUUCUCACGGCGAUACUGCAGGCCGAGAUAAUGGACCAGUCGCCGAAAAUGUUACCUGCGCCCACCAAAAUGGACAGGAUGCACUUUAAGGAGUGUCUUAUAGAAAUGCUGCAGGAGAUGUUUGGUGAAGAUUCCGUGCCCAAGAUAUUCAAGGGUGAGAAACUCUACGUUACGGUUGAUGGCAAAAAGGCCCACAUAGACCUAUUGAAUUUGGAGGUGACCAGCAAAGAGGACGAGACUUUCCAGCAGAUAGUGCAAACAGCGGUAACAAAAUUGCAUCAAUCUUUAGCGCCGCCUUGUGAUGUGAUAUAGUACAGAUAUAGUUAACUAGAUAGGCAGUCGUUGUAAUAAACAUUAUUAUAUCAUGAAAAGUAUAUUUAUUGUUUGUAAGCAAUUGGCAUUAUCUUCAUACAAAUAAUUCACAUUUCACUUUAUAUUAUCUCAUAAAAUAAAAAUCAUGUUAUUGCAUCAUGUCGCAUUAAUGAUAAUCGUCUUAUUAUUAUAAAGCGAUAUAAAGUUUAGUACACUAUAGAUACUAUACAUUUGAUAAAUCAAGUUUAAUAUUGGAAUGUACAUUCUUUUAAAAGCGUUUUCUUGUAAUUUUAGUUUUCUUUUCUGGUAAUUUAAGUCUUCUUUUUAUACUGUAUAAUCUUCGAAAACUAUUUUCAAAAAGAGAAGUUUAAUAAAAAAAAUAUGAAGAAGUAUAUUAU